AUGACUGAAGAUCUUGCGAGGGCGCGAUUGCACAAACUCGCCGGGUUCUUCGCAAACAACCCAUCCAUCCAACAUGCCACCCCGUCCUCUCCUAAGUUUGCGGAGCUGCGCGCGGCAUAUGUGUCUCUACCCGACUUGAAUCCCCUCGUGAUCGCUCGUCCAUCUACUGUGGAGGCUGCGGCUUCUAUGGUGUCCUUCGUGGUGGCUAACGACAUCCCAUUCACAAUUCGAUCGGGAGGCCACGAUUCCUUUGGGCGAUUCAUCCGAAAUGGGGCGGUCGCGGUCGACAUGCGUUUGAUUAACUACGUCGAGAUUGACCAGGAGUCCUCGACCGCGCGGAUCGGGGGAGGCAUCCUCGGCGGGGAUUUCGGGACAGUCUCCUCGGUCGGAUACGCGGGCUGGGCGAUGUACGGUGGCUACGGACCGUACAGUUCCAAGUUUGGAUUGGGAGUCGAUCAAAUCCUGGCAGCCAAAGUUAUCAACGCUCAGGGGGAGCUGGUGGACGCCGACACAGAGCUGCUCAAAGCCCUUCGUGGCGCGGGGGGAGCAUUCGGGGUUGUCGCUGAGCUCACGAUUCCGGUGCACCGCCUGGCUCAAACUCUCGCGGGCGCCAUUGCGUUCCAGUCCGAUGAUCUCCCUGCAGUUAUCCGACAGUACAACACGGGCUACCAGGCUUUAUGUGCCGAAGGGAUCCCUGCAGAGCUCACCCUGCAACAGAGUGUCCUCAACCUUCCUCACGGUAAGACCUUGGUUGUCCUGUUCGUCUGGGCGUCCUCCGACAUCAAGACUGGACAAUUAUGGGCCGAGAAAAUCAGCGCUCUAGCUCCGGUGGCUCACAACGCCGUCCAAUCAACAACGCCCCUUACCUAUCUGACCUGCACGGAUCGAAUGGUGCCGUCCCAUACGCGUGGGCGUGUGCGGACGAUCAGCCUGAAGCGAUUGAGCGAAGAGGUUUUAGACGUGAUCUCCACCAGCGUCCUGAAGAUGCCGACGGACCCGCACACCUUUUUCGCCAUGCAUGAGAUUCGGACCGGCACCCCAUCGGCCCAGGGCCACUCCGACUCUGUAUUUGCGGUCAGGGAAGGCCUCUUCGUGUUCGAGAUCAUUGCAAAUGCGCAGCGCGAAGAGAAUCUGGACCUUGCGACUGCGUGGGGGCAGGAAUUCUGGAGCGAGCUGAGCCGCACCAAUCAGGAGAGUUUUCUCCCGUCGACGUAUCUGUCCUUGACGGCUCCGAAGGAGGUGCAAAUGUCGCGAAUAUUUGGGGAGAAUUUUGCGUGGUUGGUGGUUAUGAGAGGCAAACACGAUCCUCGAGGGGUGUUUGCGGCGGCCACGGCGAGGUUAUGAGAUGUCUGUUCAACCUGUGCCUGAUUAUUUGACUCUCUUUCUAUUCCACAUCUUGCGUAACGUUGCAAUGAUAAUCAGAAAUAGGACACCGAUGCGCACGGGGAGUUUGUCUUCAGCGUUCUUGGACGUAGAAGCAACUAGAAAGCGACCUCCAUCGUGACCAGCUGAGUUCAUAAUGGUGUCAUCUCCUCCGCACGGGCAUAUUUCAACAUGACGUCCCAUGGCCGAGUCGGCACUUGCCGCCCCAUGUUUGCCAUAUCCAGGUACCGUCAGCCGCAGUCCUGAAAGCUCUUGUCCACACAUUCAACUCUAUUCGAGUCGAUCGUCCCGUUUAAAGUUACGGGAGAAGAACCGCCAAGAACCGGCUCCAGUCUCUGGACGCUUGACGAUCGCUGAUUCUACCAUCGCAAUGUCAUCAUCGUUGCAUCGUUCAUCGCAUCUCACCUUGG